GCGCGACCCGGGCCAGCGUAGGCGCAGGAGCGGGCGGAGCCGAUCGCGGGCUAUGCUGAGGCUGACGGCAGCCGGGGCCCGAGCCAUCGUGGACGUGUCGUACGCCCGUCACUUCCUGGACUUCCAGGGCUCCGCCAUCCCCCGAGCCAUGCAGAAGCUGGUGGUGACCCGGCUGAGCCCUAACUUCCGCGAGGCCGUCACCCUGCGCCGGGACUGCCCAGUGCCGCUCCCCGGGGACGGAGACCUCCUCGUCCGGAACCGAUUCGUUGGUAUUAACGCAUCCGACAUCAACUAUUCUGCUGGCCGCUAUGACCCCUCCGUGAAGCCCCCCUUUGACAUAGGUUUUGAAGGGAUUGGUGAGGUGGUAGCCUUAGGCCUCUCUGCUAGUGCUAAGUACUCAGUGGGCCAGGCUGUGGCUUAUAUGGCUCCUGGUUCUUUUGCUGAGUAUACAGUGGUACCAGCCAGCAUUGCCACUCCGGUGCCUUCAGUAAAACCCGAGUAUCUCACUCUGCUGGUUAGUGGCACCACUGCAUACAUUAGCCUGAAAGAACUUGGAGAGCUGUCAGAAGGGAAGAAGGUUUUGGUUACAGCAGCCGCCGGGGGGACAGGCCAGUUUGCUGUACAACUUUCAAAGAUAGCCAAGUGUCAUGUCAUUGGAACCUGCUCCUCGGACGAAAAGUUAGCUUUUCUGAAAUCCAUUGGGUGUGAUCGCCCCAUCAACUACAAAGCAGAGCCGGUGGCGACAGUUCUGAAGCGGGAAUACCCUGAAGGUGUUGAUGUAGUCUACGAGUCUGUUGGGGGAGCCAUGUUUGACCUGGCAGUGGAUGCCUUAGCCAUCAAAGGGCGCUUGAUGGUGAUUGGGUUUAUCUCUGGCUACCAAAGCCCUACGGGGCUUUCACCAGUGAAGGCAGGAGCUCUACCUGUGAAGCUCCUGAGGAAGUCUGCCAGACUCCAGGGGUUCUUUCUGAACCACUAUUUAUCCAAGUACCAGGCCGCCAUGGAACACUUGCUGGAGCUGCACAGUCGUGGGGAACUGGUCUGUGAGGUGGACCUGGGACACCUCGCUCCAGAGGGAAGGUUCAUCGGCCUGGACUCCAUAUUCCGGGCUGUUGACUAUAUGUAUACGGGGAAAAAUGUUGGAAAACUUGUGGUUGAAAUACCUCACAGUGCCAGCAGUAAACUAUGACAACGGAACAAUGACGGAAACCAAAGGAGAAAGAAAGAGUUCUCCAUGCCUUAGAAUGAACACAAUAGUUCCUAAAACAAAAAUGUAGUGUUAAUGAAUUCAACUCCCCCCUUUCCUUGGGGGUAAAAAUAAUACGCUUCAAUAAAAGUUCUCUCUAUAGCUAAGAGGUAAAAGGU